UGCGACGGAAGUCCUUACUCCACAAGCAGCUGUCCUUGAAUGCACUGGGGAAACAUGUUACACAACUAAAAAUUACAUCAAUUAAAUGUUCUUUUGGCAUUAUUGAACAAACUAUUCAUACCGGAGUAGUGAUAUAAACAUUCAUGUAAAUUUCCCCUAGCCCAGCGAUGUCAGCCCCCAACUCGAACCAGAGAAAAGCGUGCUGGGGCACUAGGGACGAGCUGUGGAAGUGCCUUGAUGAUAACCAGGACAAUGCCGCCUCCUGUGAGAAGUUCCAGAAGGAGUUUGAGGCGAGCUGUCCUGCUCAGUGGGUGAAAUACUUCAGCAAGAGGAGGGACUUCUUGAAGUAUAAGGAGAAGAUGCAGACGGAGGGCUUUGAGCCUGCUGACGGGCCUAAAGAGUCACAGUCCUAGCCAGUAGCCACUGGUCAGAAGACUGAGAGGAGGGCUUCCAGGGGCCCCCUGGUUGAGGAUGGACAGCAGUGGACUGUCACUGGACACUAGAGCACAAUCCCGCUAUGCCUCCCAGUGACGACAGCUGCUGGAGGUCAGUGACCUCACACCUGGACCUGAACACGCCGGGGUAGAUGUCACAUGACCUGAACACACCGGGGUAGAUGUCACCUACGGGCCGCGGUCAGAUUCUCAAGCUUCUCCCCAAGUGUGCACUUAACUUGGUCACUCCUUGUGACCAUACCUACGUCACACAGGGACAGGUGUGUGGUGACGUAACCACGGCGAGUGCUGUCAACGUCGCUGACAUGGUUCUACAGGCUUUCUCUGUGUCUCUCUGCUCUCUCAAUACAACGUCAAGUGGUUGUAUGUGGUGUGACGAUGCUUUUAUUUGACAUAAUAUCAACUGAACAAAUCAACUGCUCUGUAACGGACAGUCUAACCACCGAAUCAUUUCUAAUUCAUGCUAUUGUCAAAGAUGGAUGCAGAUAUUCUUUAUUUACGAAUAGACCGUGACAGUGUGUGUGUGUGUGAUUUGUCGCGUUCAAUAAAGAUGAGUCACGAGUU